AGGGCUAUGGAGAGGGGAAGAGUGGGAAGGAUCCAGGGUUGUGGGGAGUGUGGAAACAGGGGGCUAUCAGUGGGUUAGUUGAGGGGGCCUCCGCAGCCUUCUAGGUCCCUGGCUGUUAGUAAACUGGCCCUUCCCUAGCCUCUGUCCUUUGUCUUCCAGGGAGCAGGGUCUGUUCCUACCUGACGCUGCCAGGCCAGACGCCCUCAGCAAGGCCCCCACAGAGAUUGGGGUGAGACAGUUGGGCUAAAGGCACUCUGAAAAUCAGGCCCAUGCAGCAGGUGUUCACUGUCCAGGCCAAGAAAUGUGAAGGUUUGAAAGCUUCAGAGAGAGCCGCUGGAGGGACACACAAAAGCCCUUUGUCCAGGCCAUGUGGUUUCCUGGAGGGAUGCCCUAGACACCGACUCCUCCCUGAGGGGCUUGGGGUGGGGUCCCAGCACAGAGCUGGUGGCCUCAACAGCAGGAGGAACACUGUGCACCAAGGUUAAAUGCAGCUCCAGAAAUCUCCCCUGAAAGAAAGGAAGCAGCCGGAAUUGUGGGGUAUCUGGGCACAUCCUCUGGAGACUACAGGGUCUUCUCACCAUCCCAGUGGGGGAAUGGUCACUCCUGAUCUCAGAGGCUGUGUUUGCAGUAACUUGUAAUAAAUUAUAAAUUUAGAGGCAACUCUCAAAACAAUCCUAGUCAUCCCCCCUCCCCCAAGUGCCAGUGACUGUAGAGAUGGAUGGACCACCACAGGGAGGGAAACCUCUGGGGUGAGCCUGGGAGAUCCAACCCUCCCCAACACAUACAGAAAAACCGACAUUAUUCAAUUCAUACAAAUUUCCUCCUUUGUGACUCGGGGACAUUAAGAAAUCUUCCCUCCAAGGUGAGGAUUAAGCCGUUCCUGAUGACAACUGUGUUAGUUGUCCAGGCAAGUUCAAAGGUGAUGCAGGGGGCACCCCUUGGCAGGAGGCUCUCACCAACCCCAGCAUUACACAGGACUGGGAGAGCAGGGAGGGUGGGCCAGGCCCAGCGGCACUUUGAUGGCCUCUGCCUCCUCCGCCUCCCAGGGCAGCAGUCCCAGCCCCACCACCGCCCCAGUGCUCCCCCUCCCACUCGCCAAGCCCUGUGCUCCUGCUCCUCCAUCCAGGUUUUCCGUUGGAGGCCAAUGAGGAAGCUAAGAAGGACAGGGGGUGCGAUGUGGGAAUGCCCCUGGCAGGUCUGAGGCGUCAGGGGAAUUCCAACCAGUCUUUCCGGGUGCCCAGAAGCACCUCCCGUCCCUGUGCGGCUAGGGAGCCCGCGGGAUAUUCUUCCACACGCUGCUGACUCCAGAGCCUAGGACAAGGGCCCGCGAGACCACAGCCAUGGUGGGCCCUCGGCACCCAGUGUCAGUCCGUGCAGCAGCUCUGGUGCAGACAGAGAAGCUCCAAAUGUUCGCCUUCUCUGUGUGCUGGUCGGAUGACAGCAACACCUUGGUGCGGAGGAGCUGGGACGAGUUUAAGAGGCUCCAUAAAAUCCUUAAGGAGACCUUCCCGGUGGAGGCAGGCCUGCUGCGGAGAUCCGACCGAGUUCUCCCCAAACUUCCAGACGCAUCUACAUCACUGUUGGCGCGUGGGGGGCGCAAAGGCCGUGGCCUGGCGCGCCUGCAGUUGCUGGAGGCCUAUUCUCGGGCGCUGCUGGAGGCAGAGCAAGUAUCCAGGGGGCCGGUGCUCACCGCCUUCUUCGAGCCACAGAUCCAGGACCUGGAGCCUUCACUCCCACUUGGCAGCCUGGUGAUCCUGCCCGUCCUGGAAGAGCCCCCACCCCGCCCUGUGGGCAGUCUUGCUACAGGCAGCCUGGAGGCUCUGCGCCUGCACUGUCUGCAGCCCUUCAGUACCCAGGAUACACGGGGCCAACCCUUCCAUGCGCAGGCCCAGGAGGCCCUAGACGUGCUGCUGCGACACCCCUCAGGUUGGUGGCUGGUGGCUAAUGAAGACCAGCAGACAGCAUGGUUUCCUGCUCCCUACUUGGAAGAGGUGGCCCUGGGCCAAGGACAAGACGGGAGACAGCCCUUAGGGAGUAGUGGCUCCCAGUUCUGUGCUUCCCAAGCCUACGAAGGCAGCCGGGCCGACGAGCUGUCAGUGCCUGCGGGGGCAAGAGUGCACGUGCUGGAAAUGUCCGACCGCGGCUGGUGGCUGUGCAGGUUCGGUGGCCGCACAGGCCUUCUCCCCUCUGUGUUACUGCAGCCAGAUGGGCUCGGCAAGCUCCUGAAUGGACCAGGGUUCUCUUCUGGGGCAGAGGGUGGAGAGAACAGGGCGGGGGAGGCCCAAAGCUCCCCUGAGUCCCCCCAGGUCAUGACACUUCCUCCUGCUGUGCCAGCCCGCCCCCCGCUGAGUGCCAUUCAGAGCCGCUGCUGCACCAUCACCCGUAGGAAACUGGGGAGGGACCCACGGAGUCAGGGACAUCCUUGAGGGUGUGUGGAACCGCAUGGAGAGUGCUGUGUACCCCACAGCUGGAGCGGCAGAGGCUCCCAACCCCGGGGAUGACUGAUGGCAGCCACACCGCCCCCAGGGCAGGGGGAGGGUGGGGUUCUCUGGCUGGCAGGACCAGGAAGCUACACUCUCCCAUUUCCUCUGAGUGAAGGUCUGAUUAACCCACACUCAGUGUCCGUGCUGAGGGGCAGGGCCUGUUGGAUUGCACAGGCCAAGGCACGGGGGUGGUGUUUGGCCAAGGUUGUAGCCUGGGACCUGGGGUGAGACAAAACCAAACCGACACAGGGAACUGGGAUAAAACCUUCUGGUGUUUCAACAACAAAAAUAAAAAAUAAAAAACAAAAAA